UCCGUAUUUACAACGGCGGCAGUGCCAGCAAAAAGUCCGGCGCAGGGGUGAAGAGUGGACGGAAAGACGUUCGGGGAGAAAGAUGUUCGAGCUCUACGGUGUCGGUAAGGAUGGCAUGGUCUACCGCUCGCCGCCCCCCAGGAGAAAGGAAGUCGACAUCCUUUCGGAGACCUGCCUGCAGCUCUCGUCGCCGGAAUUCAUGAGAAAAUUGCCCAACGGCGAUGCACUUCACCACAUCAAGGACACGGGUGUCUCGACUUCCUUCAGCAAGGCUAAAGAACCACCAAGAGAGAGCAGAGGCAGUGCCGUGAGAAGAUGGAUGGUGAUGACUGGAUUCUUCUUCCUCGGGUGCGCCCUGGUAGCCGGCGUGGGACUGCCUCUCGCCUUGGAACUUCGAAGCUCUCAUCUGCUGGAAGCAAGGUUGCAGGUGGUCCGAAGAAUGCUCUCGGAGAUUCCGCUGAUCGAUGGGCACAACGACUUCGCUUGGAAUCUGCGCAAGCACCGCGGCAGCACGAAGCUGGAUAACUUCCCCUUCGACGAGGAUCUGUCGCACAACAGCAGCUGGGGCCCGCAGUGGCAGACCGAUCUGAUCCGCCUGGAGCAGGGGAUCGUCGGGGCGCAAUUCUGGUCGGCCUACGUGCCGUGCGAGGCGCAGUUCCUCGACGCCGUGCAGCUCACCCUCGAGCAGAUCGACAUCGUGCGCCGGCUCACGUCGCGCUACCCCAAGCGCGUCCGGCUGGUGACGACGAGCGGCGAGCUGGAGAACGCGCACCGGGACGGGGUGAUCGCCAGCCUGGUGGGGAUAGAGGGUGGCCACAGCAUCGGCACCUCCAUGGCGGUGCUGAGGAGCUUCCACCGGCUGGGCGCGCGCUACAUGACCCUGACCCACAAGUGCAACACUCCGUGGGCGGACUCGUGCUCCGUAGAUGAUCCGAGCUCGGACGCGCCCUCCGAUUUCCACAGCGAUGGCCUCUCGCCGUUCGGUAAGGCGGUCGUCCUGGAGCUAAAUCGGCUCGGUAUGCUCGUGGAUCUCUCUCACGUCUCGGUGAGAACGAUGAGGGACGCCCUCGCCGUGACAAAGGCGCCCGUUAUAUUCUCGCACAGCGCCGCCAAGGCUCUCUGCAACUCCUCGAGCAACGUCCCAGAUGAUGUACUGCGGAAUUUGUCCCUCAACGGUGGUCUGGUUAUGGUCAGCUUCGACAGCGCGCAUUUAAGCUGCGGCGAUAAGGCCUCGAUGUACGAUAUCAUAGCUCACAUCAAUCACAUCAGACGAACAGCUGGCGUGAACCAUGUGGGCCUCGGUGCGGGCUACGACGGGAUACUAAGGCCGCCGACGGAAUUGCCAGACGUUUCUGGCUACCCCUUGCUGCUGGCCGAGCUGACCAGAGACCGUAGAUGGUCCGCGAUCGAUAUAAAGAAACUUGUGGGCGGAAAUUUGCUGCGCGUCCUCAAGGAGGUGGAGGAACACGCCGCGACUCUGUCGCAUCAGUUCCCAGCGGAAGAGUGGAUUCCGCAGGAGCUCAUCGAGGACAGCGCCUACUGCAGAUACCACGACACGUAGGGAUCAACUCUUUCGCUCUCGUUUUCGUCAUUGACGUCGCUAUUUGAUUUUCACGAGGUGUUCUCUAACGAAAUAGGCACGCCGUGUCAUAUUUGUACCUGGAGUGCUCCAACUGUUUUACAUUUUUAAUAAAGUAGCGGUAGACUCUCUCCGCGUGCUUUGUUAAAA